AAAAAGUAAAGAAACAAAUUUUAUAAUUUUAAAAUAUUAAAAAUAAAAAAGAGUAUAGCCGUCCGGCUAUACUACAUCUUAAAAAAGGAGGCUCCCAGCCCCUAGGUGCCACGUGUCAAAAGAGCAAAGCUUAUUUUUAAAAAAAUAAGGAAACCCUUUUUUAAAUUAAAAAAUAGUAUAGCCGGGCGGCUAUACUGUUACACACAUAAAAAGACCCGCCCAAGGCCUGAGCCCACGUGUCAAAGAUGCCCAUGGCCUAAGCCUCGAAGAAAUAAGGAAACACGGCGUGUUUCGUUACCCAAACACCCCGCGGCCUCUCACGCUGCCCGCUCCAUUUUGCUGUGUGAAAGCAUUGCUUAGAGGCUUUUCACACCCGAAUCAGAUCAAUCGUAUGAAUUGGAAGAGUGGGAGAAGUUUAGGAAAUUGGUUUUGGCGCCCUUGCGCAAUUAUUGGUAUCGUGAAGGAAUGUUUGACCAUCGCUGGAGCUGGGUGUUUGAGAAGCAGAAGUUGUGGCAUCUUCAAACCGCAGUUAACAGUGACAGGCAGAGGAGCUAUGAGGUUGAGAAGUAUUUGGAGGAGGUGAAAGUAGCAGCAGCAAGAGGAGGAGGCGGCAUUGGCAUAAUAAAGCCGAAUGCUUUGGAUCCAAGAGAGAUCUUUAAACUAUGCUUGCUAUGCGGAUUUCAGGGAAGCGGCUGAGCUUCAGUGGAAGGCAAUGGUGGAGGACAUAAAGCAGCAGCAAAACAGGGGAAGGGUUUGGGCAACUUUAAAAACUGCUUGGCAAUGUGUCUCCUCACAGAUAUGCUUGUCAAUGUGUCUCCUCAAAGAUAUGCUUGGCAAUCACAGAUUAUCGGCGCUGAGUUUGGGACUUGUGGUAUCUGAACUGAGUGAAAAGCCAUGGAAAGGAAUGGUGAUAACUUUCGGUGAUUCACCCUACGAGCUGCUGCUGCUACAAGGCAAUGAUCUCAAGUCCAAGCGCAAGUUUAUGAUGCAAACAUGCCAAAAUUUCAGAUUUGCUGUUAAUGUUGCUGUUAAUUUUCCAGAGGCCUGUGAUAUGAUUCUGGAAGUGGCUGUGAAUGAGAACUUACAGGCAGAGCAGAUGAUCAAGAAGGUGUUUGUGUUCACCGACUUCGCAUCCGGCUGCCACUGGAAGACUAAGUAUGAGGAAGUAGUAGUACGCACCAAGUUUAAGGAGCAAGGGUAUGAGGAUGAUGCAAUCCCACAAGUUUUGAUUUGGGGUCUUUUUGACUUAAACAUGCCUAGUAUAGAAGAACCUCAUCCAGGGCUGACUCUGUUGAGUGGCUUCUCCGACAAUUUGAGCAAGUUAUUCUUGGACAAUGGUGGAGAAAUUGGCCCGCACCAACUCAUGGAAGCAGCCAUCGCUGACAAAGAGUAUCAAGCUCUCCGUGUGGUGGACUGAAACUUCAUACUUUGAGGGAACACUCAAGUGCCCCUCCACUAUACCAAAUGGUGCAUUUUUAGUUUUACAAAAACAAAACAAAAAAAAGCCACCCAAAAAAAGCA